AUGUUCGGAUCUCUGAGUCACGGUUGUGCUGGGCUGGGCUGGGCUGGUUGGUGGGGUGGUGCGGCUGUGAUUGGAGGUCUCUUGGGGUGGGGUGGUGUUUGUGUUUGUGUGUGUGUGUGUGUGGAUGUGGACGUGGAUAUGUGUUGUGGAGUACGGGGCGGGUACAAUAAAAGUGUAAUGCGGCAGAAACUCCGCGCACCUGCGACCUUUUCCCCGCCAUUCACCCAACUCGCCAGCAUGGCUUGCCCGGACUGCUUCAGGGGCGGGAAAGCGACUGGUUCCCCAAAAGGAGUGGCAGAGUUCCUCCAUGGAUACAACAUCUACGUCGCUUCGCCAUCUAUCGCUGCGCAGGCUAACUCUACUGUCAUCCUCUACACCGACGCCUUCGGGCACCUUCUCCCCAAUAACCUCCUCCUCGCCGACGCGCUCGCCCAGGAAACAGGCUUCACGGUGCUGGUCCCCGACAUCAUCCCCGGCGGCGGCAUGAGCCCAGACAUCCUGCCACUGAUGGACACCUUCUCUUCUCCGGAGACGGGGAUGCUGGGGAAAGCGUGGGCGCUAGGAAAGGCAAUGGUGCACGUGAUUCCGUUCUUUGUGCGCGCGAGUCCGCAGAGCGAGGCGUGCACGCGCGCGACUUUGGGGUUUGCGCGCGCUGUCCGGGGGGAUGUCGACCAGGGCGCAGAAGGGGGGAAGCUGGGACUGGCGGGGUACUGUUGGGGCGGGUACCAGGCGCUGCAUGUUGCUGCCCGCCAGCACGAGGUGCGUGUUGAUGCGGUUUUUGUGGCGCAUCCGGCCAAGUUUGAACCUGUCCAUGCGCUGGAUGCUAUGGAGGCGGGUGUGAAGCUGAGUUUUGCUCAUGCGGGGCAGGAUAUGGCGUUGUCGAUGGCAAAGGUGGAGAAGAUGAAAGAGGGGUUGGAGGGUGGUGAGGGGUUUGAGUUGAGGGUUUAUGAGGGCUGUGUGCAUGGUUUUGCGGUGAGAGCGACGCCUGGGAAAGAGAGAGAAGCGGAUGCUGCUGAUAAGGCGUUGAGGCAGGCUGUGGGUUGGUUUGGGAAGUGGCUGUGA